AUGACCCAGCUACCAGCUCUGGUUGUCGAUUCAGACCUCAAGGUCAAAGGUGAAGCCAAGGUCGACUUCGACAAGGACUUUGGCCACAAAUAUGGCAUCAAGAAAGGUGUCCACGUCUACGAGGAGACAGGCGAGGUCUAUGCCCCCGUUGCCAUGUGGCUAGAGUCUGUAGAUCUCGUCCUGGACCGAUUGGCCGAGUCUAUGCCGGUUCCUCUAUCUCAUAUUCGCGGUAUCAGCGGCUCUUGCCAGCAGCAUGGCAGUGUCUACUGGAAUGGCAAUGCCUACGAGAUUCUUCACCACCUCGAUCCUCGUCUCCCCCUGGUUGUUCAGCUGCCACAGGCCCUUUCCCACCAAUGGUCGCCCAAUUGGCAGGAUCAGAGCACCCAGGCUCAAUGUGACGCUUUUGAUGCUGCUCUUGGCGGUCGCCAGAAGCUUGCUGAGGUGACAGGCAGCGGUGCCCACCAUCGAUUUACUGGAACCCAGAUUAUGCGCCUCAAGAAGGACCUCCCAGACAUGUACGCCAAGACGGCUCACAUCUCCCUCGUCUCCUCAUGGCUGGCAUCCGUCUUCCUCGGCGCCAUCGCCCCCAUGGAUGUCAGCGAUGUCUGUGGUAUGAACCUCUGGGACAUGUCCCGCCAAACAUACAGCGAACCUCUUCUCGAGCUUGCUGCUGGAAGCAAGCGUGAGGCCCUCAACCUACGAAAGAAACUGGGUGAGCCUUGCCUCGAUGGCGCUGCUGUUUUGGGCUCCAUCUCUCCCUAUUUCGUGGACCGUCACGGUUUCCACCCCGACUGCCAGAUCACACCAUUCACCGGUGACAACCCCGGAACUAUUCUCGCCCUUCCCCUUCGACCUCUCGACGCCAUCGUCUCUCUCGGUACUUCGACGACAUUCCUCAUGAACACUCCAAAGUACAAGCCUGAUGGUGCUUACCACUUCUUCAACCACCCCACAACCGAUGGCCACUACAUGUUUAUGCUGUGCUACAAGAACGGAGGCCUAGCACGCGAGCGAGUGCGAGACCAACUUCCCAAGCCUGACAACGGCCCUACCGGCUGGGAGAACUUCAACAAGGCCAUUGAGAACACCCCUGCUCUGGGUGCUGCCAAGGAGGACGAUAGGCGCAAGCUUGGUCUGUACUUCUACCUUACCGAAGUGGUGCCCAACAUCCGUGCAGGUACUUGGCGAUACUCAUGCGAGCCAGACGGCUCUGACCUUCAGGAAGUCAAGGGAGGGUGGGACAAGGAGACUGACGCUCGAGUGAUUGUUGAGUCUCAGGCCCUGUCUAUGCGCCUGCGCUCUCAGAACCUGGUUGAGAGCCUUCGACCCGGCCUGCCAGCUCAGCCCCGUCGCAUCUACCUCGUUGGAGGUGGCUCUCUUAACCCAGCCAUCGCCCGCGUCAUUGGCGAGGUCCUCGGCGGCAGCGACGGUGUUUACAAGCUCGACGUUGGUGGCAACGCCUGCGCCCUUGGCGGAGCCUACAAGGCUCUCUGGGCUCUCGAGCGCCAGCCAAACGAGACAUUCGACGAGCUCAUUGGUAAGCGAUGGACUGAGGAGGGUAACAUCCAGCGCAUUGACGAUGGUUACCGCGAGGGAACCUAUCAAAAGUACGGCAACGUUCUCGGAGCCUUCGAAGGCCUGGAGAACAAGAUCCUCACCGAGCAGGCUUUGGAGUCAAAGGACGGACGAAGACGGUCGCAGGAGAGUGCUUGA